UGAGCGCGCACACGAGAGCGCAGUGCCAAAGCACACCAGCGUUUCCAGUACUGUGAGACUUCCAGCACAUAUCCAACUACACCGAUUGUGUUUAAGGGUGUUUUGGACACAUGCACGAGCACAGAGGAGUGGAGCAUUUGAUCGAUCUCCAUAGGAGUGAGUUUGUGAACUUAUAAUAAUCACAUGCGUCAUUAUGGAUGGAAACAGUGAGAUAUCAGAAGGAGAACUCAAGAGAGAGGAGGAAUCUGAUGAUCUGUUUGAGUUUGGAGAUGAUCUGGAGCUCAAUCAGUUUGAUGGAUUGCCAUACUCGUCCAGAUACUACAGACUCCUGCAGGAGAGGAAAACUCUGCCUGUUUGGAAAUACAGACAUGAAUUCAUGACUUUGCUGGAAAAUAAUCAGAUUGUUAUAGUCUCAGGCACAACCAAGACUGGCAAAAGCACACAGAUCCCUCAGUGGUGUGCAGAGUUCUGUCUGUCUGCGCAGUACCAGCACGGUGUGGUGGUGUGCAGUCAGAUCCAGAGACAGCAGGCUGUAGAUUUGGCCCUCCGUGUUGCCGACGAGAUGGACAUAAACAUCGGUCACGAGAUCGGAUACAGCAUCCCGCUGGAGACGUGCUGCUCGAACGACACUAUUCUCAGGUACUGCACUGAUGACGUACUGCUGCGGGAGAUGAUGUCAGACCCGAUGCUGGAGCAUUAUGGGGUGGUGGUGAUAGACCAGGCCCACGAGAGGACCGUGAGCACUGACAUUCUCCUGGGUCUGCUCAGAGAGGUGCUUCUCCAUCGGCCCGAGCUCCGGGUGGUGGUCCUGUCCGCCCCGCCCGCUUCAGACACGCUCCUUACGCACUACGGGAACGUCCCGCGUCUGCAGCUGGAAGCCCCGUGCGCCGGUGAAGUGAUCCACAGCAACAGCAGCAGCACUGAAAGCUUCUAUUCGGCUCUGAGACUCGCUCUGGAGGUCCAUCGAUCCAGAGAGCCAGGAGACGUCGCUGUGUUUUUAGCUUCUGAUCAGGAGGUUGUCUGUGCCUGUAAUAUUCUCACUAAAGAAGCGUCCAGAAUGAGCGCAUCUCUGGGAGAGCUGCUAGUGGUUCCUCUGUUCCCCGGACACACCGGAAUGUGUCCACCAAUCACAGAAAGCCAACAGACGAGUAGGAGGGUCUUCAUUUCCUGUAGCCAAUCAGAGGAUCUCUUCUGGCCGGUGGACACCAUUAGUUUUGUCAUUGAUACUGGAGUAGAGAAGAGAUUAGUGUAUAACCCACGAGUGAGAGCCAGUUCAGAGGUCAUCCGACCCAUCAGUAGAUGUCAAACCGAAAUCCGUAAACGACUGACUGGAUCAACAGGGAAGUGCUUCUGUUUGUAUCCUGAGGACAUUCAGCUGCCCGCUGAGAUCCCUCCUCGGAUUCUGGAAUCAAACAUCACGUCCACGGCGCUUUUUUUAAAGAGGAUGGAGUUGGCUGGGAUUGGACACUGUGACUUCAUUAGCAGACCUGAUCCUGAGGGGCUCAUGCAGGCGUUGGAGGAGCUUGAUUACCUGGCUGCUUUGGACAAUGAUGGAAACCUGUCUGAGAUGGGCAUCAUCAUGUCAGAGCUUCCUCUGGAUCCACAGAUGGCGAAAGCUUUGCUGGCGUCCUGUGAAUUUGACUGCGCUAGUGAGAUGCUAACCAUCGCUGCAAUGCUUGCAGCACCAAGCUGCUUCAUUGAGCCUCCUGUUGGGAUGGUAACAGAAGUCAUGCGGUGUCAUAUGAAGUUCCAGCAUCCCGAGGGCGACCACUUCACCCUGAUCAACAUUUACAACACCUUCAAACGCAGUCAGAAGGAACCAUAUUUCAGCCAGGAGCAGUGGUGUGAGGAAUACUUCCUGUGCUGUGCCGCCCUACAGACGGCAGACGCCAUCAGAGCCCAACUCACAGACAUUCUGAAGAGGAUCGAGCUUCCCAUUUCAGAACCAGCCUUUGGCACCAAGACCAACGCACUCAAUAUCAAGAGGGCGCUGCUCGCUGGGUACUUCAUGCAGAUCGCCAGAGAUGUGGACGGCUCUGGGAAUUACUUCAUGCUGCUGAAUAAACACGUGGCUCAGGUUCACCGUCUGUCUGGAUACGGAGCAAAAGCUCAUAAACUGGGUCUGCCGGAGUGGGUUCUGUUCCACGAGUACAACCUCUCCGACAACAACUGCAUUCGGACCGUCACACAGAUCUCACCACAGGUGUUCAUUCAAAUGGCACCACAGUACUUUUUCUGUAACCUGCCCUCUAGUGAAAGUAAAGAGAUACUACAGCAUAUUCUGGACAGCGACAGGAUGGGACGCGUGAGAGCGAAGCCUCAACCAGCUGCGCCAGAAACAAAGACAGAGACGGCAGAGGCCGAAUCACAUGACCGAUGCAUCAUACAGUGACCUCAUGAGAACAUGCUUGUGUAAAUAGCGUUCAAAUGUUUUGUAUUGUAACUUUUGAAAAAGACACUCAAGAAUCUUGUUUGGGUCAUUUAUUUUGUAGCUAAUUUCAACUGAUUAUGUACAGAAUUAAUAAAUUAUUUCACUGGUUUUGGGGU